GCGCUCUGUGAUCUUUGCCUCUUUCUUUAAACUCUGUUUCUCCAUAUCUCCGUACGUAUAGGGUUGUGGUCUUUCCCUCCGGGCUGGUAUCAUGCUCGAGACGUGGUUAUCGCACACAGUCUAAUGCAUGACGUGGCAGGAUGGCUGGUGCCUGCGUCAAUCACACCUCUUCGGAAUCCGAUGAGUGGAACGAUGAACCAUGGACUGUCGAUUGUCCAUGUGGAGUCACGUACGACGAUGGAGAGGAAAUGGUUCAGUGCGAUCUGUGCAGUGUGUGGGUUCACACUGGUUGUUGCAAUGUGCCCAAGCACCCGAAGCACCUCGCCACCUAUGUGUGUGACAAGUGCCGUCGGUUGAAAUCGAGAAGGGGAAGGGGCGAUGGCGACAUUGAUAUGGUGGGGACGGUUAGGGGAGGAGGAGUUGAGGAGGUCAGUCUUACGGUGGGAGACUGUGGCGAGGAUGUCUGCGGGAAAUCUGGGUUCGGGGGUACGGAAGACAAUGGAACGUUCUCUUUCGCGGGAAGGGAUUGUUCAGUAACGGGGACGGGAGGGAGGUUGGCAGAUGAAUGUUCAGGUGACGAUGAUGAUGCGUGUGCUGAGUUCUCCAUCGAGGAUCGUGUUCAUAAGCAUGGAUGUCCCGAUGGGGAUCCGCGAGCUCUGACGAGUGGGUCUAUCGUCUUUUCGCUGCCGUUAUGGAGGGCAGUAGGUCUUGUGCCGAAGGCAAUGAACUUCCAGUGCAAUGACCUACCCCCGCCUGUGGGCGAGGAUGUGGACAUUCAGCAGAUGCUUCUGCGGCCAGAGCCAAUUGAGAAGAUAAUCGAGAGGGAAAGGAUAAGGUUCAAGAUGAGGCUUCAACUAGGUAAGCAGCAGGCAGUCAUUGGUGGGAGUGUAAGCGCUGGAGGGUUCCACACCGAGUAUGGGAGAUCCCAACAGCAGGCUUCAGAUGAGCGGGAUUCCGUUGGCGGGGCAGCAGCUCUUCAGACUUGUGUACGAAUGGACUCGCCAGAUCAGGCGUCUUGCCUUGCUCGCGGCGACGAAGUUGAUGGUGCCAGAUUUACUGGCGCGGAGAGGCUCGAUGAGAGAGAGGCUGAAUCUCUGAGCAGGCAGGGGUGCGAAAAUGGUGCCCUUCCUAUGGCCCUUGAUUGCACGAAUAGCGAGAGUAGGGAGGUUCCCGCCGUUGCCAUUCCUGAAUCCAUCCGUAGCGGAGUUACUUCAAGCAGAGAGCCCAGUUUUGAGGGUGACAGGAGCAAGGCAGUUGUUGCGGAUAUGGGGCAGGAUGCGUCAGAGCGACGCUUUUACUCGUUGGAAAGGGAAGUAGUCACGGGGGGAAACGAUGAGGCGCUUUUGUACGAUAGUGUCCAUCCGGCGCCUUCUUCGAGGGUUGUAGGUGGUGGUGCAUCUUCUACUUUGGUAUCUGAGCAGCGUUCGUCUUGUUUGUGUUAUUUAAACCCAGGGGUCGAUUCUCAUGGGGCUGGGAACGAUGAUACUUUUCCUGUAGCCCAGAAGAAGCUUGUUGCGAACGCUGAGCUACAGCGAGCGCAAGAUUGUGGGGCUGUAGACCAGUGUGCCGCGUCUCCGUCUCGUGUGAAGGUGGCCAGGGGGGCAUCGGUUGGCAAGGAGUGUGGUUCCUCAGUCGGAAGGUUCUGUUUCAACUGUUCGUGUGAGAAUACCGCUCUUUCGUCAGGGGGUGCUGAUUGUUCUGCUGACACUGACCGUGCUGCUUUCAGGGCAGCCGGUGAGUUGGGUUUCGAUUCUUGUGGUGACCGAGAUGUUUCGUGUAUAUGGCUAUGCAGCGCAUGUGGCGAUCUGUUUUCGAAGAAACGUGGCGUUUGCCCUUCCGGCAGCUGCUGUCCGCAAAGCGUCGGAUCCGGAGAUGGAGAUUCCUUAAAGUCGACUAGAGGAAGAUCUCGUAUGUCUUGCUCUGUCUGUCAAAGAUGGUGCCAUACGAGGUGUGCCGAAAGGAAGAAAGAGAAAGUUGAACGGGCUUCAAGCAGCAGUGGGAGCAGUCACGACUACUUUUGUGUGGACUGCGAGAGAAUGACGUUGCGUCUCCGAUCUCUCCGACAGGUUGUCCUGUCCAGUAGUAAUGGGACGUUUACACAGAGCAAUAUUCAAGCGAUGGAAGAUCUGGAACAGCUCCGGAAGGCUGUAAGGACGGCCGUGGGGAGGAGGAAGGGAGUGUCAUCUUCCGAUGAGGUCGUGAUGGGCACUGAUGGAAGGUCGUGUGGCAGAGCUAUUGAACCUCGUCGGAGGGAUGUUUCUCAUGAAGAGAGUGACAACGACUCGUCGGCGGCGGUUGAUAGCGGUCCCCAAAAGAGGAGGCGGAAAGAGAAUCACGAUCAAACGGGCCAUGGAAUCGGGUCGGCCGUGUUGACGAACAUUGAAGCUUCUUGUCCUGUGCAGGAAGAGUAUGACUCGGGAGUUGGUAAGGCAGGCUAUUUCUCGGAAAACGAAGCUCUCAGCCCCAGAGGGGGCGGCCAAAUCCAUGGUCGGUUGAGCCCAGAAAUGACAGAGGCAGCUGACGCUGGAGGACUUCACCAAAAAGCUCAAUUAAUGAAGGCAUCGUCGAUGGACUCCCUAGGUAAUCGGAUGGAAUGGGAGAGAUCGAGAGUCAGCAAUGGAGACGGGAGGAGGUUUGAGUUGUCCCAUGAUGUGGAGGCGGCUGCUUUGGGUGAAUUUCAGGGAAAUGCAAGGUCUGCCAGUCCGUCUUCACCUGCUUCCCUGUCAGUCUCAUCCAGACUCUUUCACGGUGGCCGAGCGGAACAAGGAGAGGAGAUCGACAUUUCAAACGAGGGAGUUACCGCUGAGCGUGUGGAAACCGGGGGAGGGAAGGCUGACGGUGAGCAUGAAACGGAUGUGGUUGGUCAGCUCGAGGGUUCCCUGUCUAAGGUGAUGUCGCAUAACUUCUCUGCGGAUGGAGCCAGUCACUCGACGGAGUGGGGCAAUGGAGGGAGCUGUAAUGUCGAUGCUGUGCCCUCUUCCCCCUUGGAAAGCUUAGCUGCCGUUGCAGUUAAUGGAUUAGACGGUGGAUUGCAGGAGUCUCGGUCAAGCUCACCGCACACAGUGCACAUGCUGUCAACAAGUACUGUGCUGGGUGACGGGGAUGUAUGCAAUGAACGAUUGGUCAGCAUUGAAGAAGGUGGCGAGGAUGUGGUAUGGAGGCAUUAUAGGUCGACCCAUGGAGGGUCUAGCAUGGAACUUAAUGUCCGUCCAGAAGAGGUCGGUUGCGGUGGUGAUAUGGUGCAGCACAUGGUGGGUAGUAGUCAUUCUGCUUUUUCCUCGCGUGAGCAGUCCCCUGAUCGAUCAGAUGACCAGGACCAUCAUAUAAACCAGCAGCCUCUACGUCCACGGCAUGGGAACAUGCUUCCAGAGGCGGAAGAGCAGGCUCUUAAUCAGCACAGACAGAGGCGAAGUGGACAUCCCCAUGUGUAUUUUGCUGCUGACCAAGAUGACUCUCGUCAUUCGGCUGAUCAGAAUCUUCCACAUCAUGUGAUGAGGGGUCGCACAGAUACUACGCCCUCUGGUCUGCGAUCUGUACUGUCUUCAGGUAUUCCUCAGCGUCCACAGUCGCGGCUUACACUGUCAGCUCGUGUAGUGAGCGCUGGAAAAAACGGGAGCGCGACUUCUGGGAUUCAUGCGGGCUCGGUGUCAGGACCUGUGGGAAAGCCUGUUGGAGAGAGGGACUUUGCAAUGCCUCAUAUAUCAUCUGUAAAGCAGGUUGCAUCUGGCGCCCGGAAAUCCCCACAAGUGCUAUCAGCGACAACACACAAAGCUGUUGUGAUUAGCGGGCCAGUACUAAGUAAGCCCGGCAGUGGACGCUUGGUACAGGGGAAGACCUCGUCGGGUGCCAACGGUAUUGUCCCUAGACAAUCAAGUUUGCACCCUUCUGCAAAACCCCCCUUGUCUUCUAGUCGUUCGAAGGUCACGGUUUCUGCUACAAAGCUCACUGUGCAGCAAUCAGCAAAGUCAUGCAAGAGUGACUUGCCUGAUGCAGCUCGAGCUGUCAGUACCUCUGCAUUGAACGUGACACGCCCCUGCUCAAGCAAUAACUGCUCGCCCAGUAAUUGUCCAGGGGCCGGGAGUUCCCCAUCAGGGAUUGCCCAGUCAAAUGGUGGCAGUCGGCAUGUCUCAUCCCAAGGCAGCGGGGGGAAGGUCUCUUCUGCAAAAAUCUCGUUGCAGACGUCUGCAAAUGGGUCGAAGCAUUGCGCAUUGGUGACGAUUGCUUCAUCGAAGAAUGGUGUGUCAAGUACUGCAAAACCAGUGCCAGUUGUUGGUAGUGGAAAGCAAAGCUAUAGUCACUCUCCGAGUCCCAAGCACUCGUCUUUGCCAUCUGGUCUCAAAUCUGUCUCAACUAACAGUGUUCGGAGCGUUAAGGAUGAAUGCUCCCGGAAACCGAAGGGGGAGCACAGUGGUGUUGCACGUACUUCAAUUGGUAUGAAGCCGUCGGUGGCAUCCAUGCCUCCACCGCCGCCGCAGCAUGGGCAUAAGAGGCUUGGAGGAUCUGCAGCCAGUAUUCUCACGCCAAUGAAUGAUGAGGAGUAUGCGAAGUUGCUGCAUCACGAACUGAAUAGCUCGCCAAGAAUGCCAAGGAUGAGUAGGGUUUCUUCUACGGGCAGUAUGGGACAGCAGCGCAUCUCGGGGAACGGGCAUGUACAGACACUCACGCCAGCAAAGCGGCUGCCAAGCAAUCAGAAUGGGAAUUCAAGUGGACAUCAUCAUGAUCAGCAGGUAUCAAGAAAGAGGCCCAAGGAGGAGAAUGCUCGUAACGGGUCUGGGAGGCAUACUUCUGAUAACACACUGGACGAAGGGGGAGGAGCUGGCACUCAAGUGAAGAAAGGGGUAGCCUGCAAUGGAGGGGUUGGGGAGUGCAGAAACGAGGUGAGCAAGCGGGGUGCCGAUGAGCCCGAAAGCUUUGGGGAUGGCCAUGAUGGGAACGGUGUCUCCAGCUUUAGUAUGGUGGGAGGCGGUGCUGAAAAGGGCUUACCUGAAAAUGAUGGUGAAGCUGGAAAGUCUGAGGUGUCGGGUGCGAUGAUGACAGCCUCCCCACAUUUUGAAGACGGGUUGGUUAUGUCUGGGGAAUUUGAGAAGAGUGGGAGACCUUCCAGGUCCAGCAGUGGAGAGAGAAAAACUUCGGGGGAGGGGAAACCUGUGACUCUUCCCGUUGUGAUCGAAGAAGAGAUUCAGGCUUCAUCAUGCAGUACUCUUUCCUUCGAAGUGAUCUGCUCAGCCGUUUCACAUCAUUUGCACGAGCUGAGAAAGGCAAAUGGGGAGUGGUAUUCUCACUCAAGCUAUCGUCAGGCUGUGCUGGACUGUCUUCGCAACCGACCCUGUUGGGCUCUCCCAGCAGAUGACCAGGCUUCAAAGUGGGCCAAUGGAGGACCAAAGAGAAGGCGGAUGUCAUCGCCGUCCAACUCAGAAGACGAAGGGGAGAGUGGCUGCUAUCAGCGGCAUCUUGGGCCCAUGGAGAAAGGGGUGUCCUGUCAUAAGUCGCAGCAAGGUGCGAAUGGUGCUGGAGGAGAUCAGCGGCGAGAAAACGGUACUCAUGACGGAGAAAAAACAACUGUUGUUAAGGAAAAUGAGCACCGUGAGCAAGUGGAAGCACCUGUUGUGAAGAGAAGUGAGGAGACCGAAGUCAGGAAGGGCAAGAGGAAGGCACGAAGGAGAAGGCUUCUUCAGAAAGAUGGAGGGGCAACUAGCGAAGCUGACAAGGAAAAUGCGAGCAUUGGUGGUGGAGAGCGAAGGAAUAGAAGCCGUGGCAAGGAUCCUGGGCAGGAAGUGGAGUCAGAACCCCCCUCCUCCUCUUCUGAUGAAGAUGCUGUCUCAAAUUACAGUGAAGACGACGAGGAGAUGGUUGGGCAUGUGAAGUUUGGUGCGCGGACCAGACGUUGUUGGCACAGGAGACACUCUGCAGUCUGCAGUGACAGCAGUCGUGACGACGAAGGUCCCUGCCGAUAGACAGCUCACCCUCCUGAUUCUGACAUGGAGGUUGAUGGCCCAGUGCGAUCAUAUGGAUGCAGUGUGCCGUCAGUUUGUCAGCUGUGAAGUCUCUGAGAUAUCCCUCUCGUUGGAUGGCACUUGACGGGGGUUGCUGUCCGUCUUUACGGUUCGGUGGUCUGCAAUGACGUACGAUCAUAUUUAUGCAGGGAUUUAAGACUAUGCGGAUGGUCUGCAAACGGUGCAUUCCCAUCCGUCGGAGAUGUUUCGCUGGUGUGAAGCCGGAAGGAGCGACGAGUGGUGGAUGCCGUAGUGCUGCGAAGCCUGAGUCAAGUUGGAAAUGUGCAUGGGGUUUGGGAUUCGAAUCAUCUCGGACCUGCUGACAUCAAAGUGAUUGAAACUGCCACGCAUUCACACAGCAGAAGGUGCUGAGGGCGACCAAGAAAAGUGCAGAUCUUCGGCCCCCCUUUUGAGAAUUGAGUCGUGGCAGUGACGAGGACGUGCAGCAGUGUCGAUUUUGUGAAGUAUUCUGUUGUCUGGGGAGCGGAGGCGGGGAGAUCUUCGCAGUCAUACCCUGUCACACAGCAGAAGGCGCUGAGGGCGACCAAGAAAAAGUGCAGAUCUUCGGCCCCCCUUUCGAGAAUCGAGUGGUGGCAGUGACGAGGACGUGUAGCAGUGUCGAUUUUGUGUAGUAUUCUGAUGUCUGGGGAGCGGAGGCGGGAGAUCUUCGCAGUCAUACCUGUUUUUGACUAUACGAAUCUCCAGUCCUAAGGCUCUUUCCCUCAGCUUGUCAUCUUGUAUUGAAGUAAAAAAUAUGACAGUGAGUUAGCCUGUGGCUGGUUAGAUCUCCCAUGAAUUGUGGUUUCGGAAUUGGUCGUUCUUGAACUGUCUAUAUAUUCCCUGUAAUUAUGAGCUCGUUCAAUCUGUUACUUUUUUUGAGGAUAUGAAUGUUCAAUGGAUGAUGCUCGUCCCUCAGAUGGCUGUCGUGCAUGUUUUCAAUGCGUUGUAGUUUAUAACCGACGCAGUCAACUAAGUCCUUGCUUGUUGGUCGAAUCAUUUCCUCCCCGUAGAUGGGCACUGUGUUGUGUAAUUAAUGGUUCACACAGUCAAUCAAGUCCCUGCUUGUUGGUCGAAUCAUCUCCCAGGAGAUGGGCACUGUGUUUUGUGUAAUAAUGGUUCACACUGGGGAGAACCACCACGGAGUGUUUGGAAUUUCCUUGUGGGAUUGAGAAUUCUCCUUGGGCUCUGGUUUCCAGGUUCAAGAAUGGUUAUUGUUGUAUGUUGUGUAAAUGCACGUGGGGAAAAGCACCACAUCCAGCCACGAGUAUGGUUAUUGUUGGACAUCGU